UGUGUGCUUUCAGGCCUCCGCUCAGGUGUCACGUGCACGAUGACGUCACGCGUCACAACAAUAAAUUCUCCGUGAGCAGUCAGAGGUCCGCACUUCUGCGAUGGCGCAGCCGCGCUCUCUGCACGUUUCCGUGGGCAUCCUGGGCGUCUCUGGCGGUUCCCUCCUGCUCCUGGUCAACAGCUAUGGCAGCUCCCCACAAAGAUCCUUCAUCGACCACACUGCUCUGGGGAUCCUGCUCCUGAUCAUCGCAGCCCUCUUAUGCUACGCAGGCGUCCGACGCAGUCUGUCUCAUGCCCAGCUGCUGUCCGCCCUGUGUCUGACCGUCUCCGCCCUGUGGUGUGGUUCAGGCCUGGUCUACGUGCUGGUGGGGCAGGGGGUGCUGCAGCCCACCGACCUAAGGUCCUCUCUGGUCCCGGGUUUCGCAGCGUUUGCGUUGGCCCUGCUCGUGUUAGGAGUUGUCGCCGUGCUGGUGAAGAAAGUCGUCCUGGCUCUCAUGGCGAUCGGCAUCAGCUUAGCGUGCGCCCAUCAGAUCGCCGGCCUGUCGGCGGCAGGCUUCGGCCAGUCUGCCGCCGCUGCCAACUACCUCCUGGUCUGCGUGGUGGGGGUCUACUUUGGCUGUGGGCGCCUCCUGUCCACCAUCACUCGUGGUAGAGUGGAGCCUCCGGGAACGGGUCUGAGGAGGAGCGCUGCAGCGAAACCAGAGGUGACCCUCGGCUGCAGUGACACUGUGGCAGUGGGUCUAGUGAUGAACCUGCUCUCCGCCUCUGUGUUGGCCUGUCCCCUGUUGGGCGUGGUGCCUCAGCUCUCCGUGGGUCACGUCCCCUGGCUGUGGACGGCUGGGGUCUUCCAGCUCGGCACGUGUGUCCUCUGCUACCGAGCCAUGGACGCGCUGGCCGCCACCUUUUACGCCUUCGCUGCUCUCCUGAAAUUCGCAGAGGGCUACGGCGCGCUGCUGUCGCUCUACUCCGUGCUGCCGCUCUCUCCCGUCCCCUUCCCCGCCGUCUUCUCCGUGCUUUUCUUCGUCCUGGCUCUGUUCAGUUGCCAGAAGGACCUGCUGGAGGGGCUCUACCAGCUGUUCUACGUGGCCUACUGCAUUGCCAUCGCAGCCCAGCCUCAGGGCUUCUUCCAAGGAGGCACUCAGGGGGUGCAGGCGGCUAUAUUCAUAGCCUCUGCUAGCAUGAUGUUCAUUACCGCAUUCAAUAUGGCUUCCGCUGCCAAGAUCCCCACAGGACGGCGUCAUUUUAAGGCGUUAGUGGGCAGAAUGCAAAGUCUUACGCUCAGAGCUCAAGAUGCCCAGCGGCACACGCCUCACCUGGGCUACUCUAAAUACGCCGAUGCGGAGGUGCUGGGCCACGCCUGCAGCGUGCUCGCCGCCUUCGCCAUCACGGCCACGGCGGGCGGCGCCGCCCCUCUGUCUGUGCUGGUUCUGCCCUGGGCGGUGGUGGCCGGCGGGGCUCUGCAGCUGCUCUGCGGCGCGGUGGCCUUCGCCCGGGGGAAGACCCUGGAGAGCACGGCCUUCGUCCUGUACGGCAUGAUGUGGACGGUGUGGGGCCUCACCCGCUACGGGGGCCUGUACGGCCGGACGAGAGGCUUCAACGUGGCCGUCGGCAUCGUCGGCUUCAUGGCGUUCAACCUGCUGGUGACGGCCGCGGCGCUGUUCCUGAACGUGGCGUGGUUUGCCUGCGCGCUCACCUUCCAGCUCAUCCUCAUCAGCUUCCUGCUGGAUGCGUUGGGCAGCCUGCCUUACGGCUACGACAUUGGCGUCUCCAUCAUCUUUGGCCUCGUCAGUUUUUACUGUUUCCUGGCGCAUAUUUUCAACGGCACCUUUCAAUCGCCCCAGAUCCCUCUAGGGAGGCCUCUAGUCAGGUGGAGUGGGGCGGGGCUUGGGGCGCGUUCGUGCCCACACGUUCCAGCUCGCAAGGCCACAUCAGUCCAGCAGAUCGCAGAAAUCAUGAAAAACGGUGGCACGUGUGGAAUGCCGACUGACACCGUCUACGUCCUGGUGGCGGCUUGCAACAGGCCGGACGCUGUGGUCAAAGCUUACAAAGCGAAGAAGCAGGCAGAAGACCGACCCAUGUCCCUGUGGAUCUCCUCCAUCAAGCAGCUGGAGCCGGUGCGACACCUGCUGAGCCCUCUGCUGCUGGACUUCAUGGAAGCUGCGUGGCCGUCCUCCAUUAGCAUGGUCAUACCCAGAGGCCCCUGGAUGGACACGUUCGGUUUAGGAGACGCCGCCAAACAUAUUGGGACUCCACAAAGCAUUGCCAUCAGAAACCCAGACUGCUCCGUAGCCACACACCUCAUAAGUCUGGUGGGGCCCAUUGCAGUGACCUCGGCCAACCCUACAGGAGAGGCAGACACAACCCACCACAACCAAGUCUAUGCAAAGCUGGGAGACAAGGUGGAUGCUGUUUUAUGUGACGGUCCUUCCCCAGAGAAUAUAGCAUCUACUGUGGUCGACUGCACCAAGAUCGACACAGGUCAUAUUGGUUUCUUCAGAGUGGGUCUCAUUCCUAAAUCAAAGGUUCUUCAGAUCUUUGAGGAUGUUCAGAGAAGACACAGGCAGGGGCAAACAAAUCAAGCCUUUGAGUUGGAUUCACCAGAUACAGAGUCAGAGGGAGCAACUGGAAGCUCAACACCAGCUACAGAUUCACUUGAAGGAUCUUAGCACUAAUAGUAACAAGGCAGUGGUUUUAUAGUUGCUAAGUAAUGUAUAACAUCAAGUCAAACAUACAUAUGUAUAUGUUUUUUAAUAUAUAUUGUCAGGUUACUAUCCAAGAGUAAAUGGUUUUAAUACAUUGUGUUACUUGUAUUAUUUUAUGACACAAAUCAAUGCACUGGUUUAUCUAAGGUACAUCACCAAACUGCACAUGACUAUUUAAUUUUCUUUUAAUAUAUAUUUGCAUAUAUUUGAAUGUAACUAAACUACUGUAGUAGUGCAGAAAUCUAUACUGUAAAUAUUUUCUACUGUUGUGCUACAUUGUCUAAUUAACUGAUGUUGGAUGAACACUGAAAAGUAGUUUUAUGUACAGAACAAUGGCAUACAAAAAGUUGCUGCUGUGCAAUAAUCUGCCUCCUGAAACGGUCUGUAUCUUCUAUCAAAGUGUGUGAGGGGGGGUUUUCUCUUAUUUGUUUAUUAUUCUUACUUUAUCUCACUCUCUAAAUUUCAAAUAAUAAAGAUGAAAAUUAUUACACACUACCCCCCCCCCCCCCCCCCCCCCCCCCCCCCCCCCCCACACACACACACACACAAAGUAAAGUAAGUCAGUAGAAUACAUGAUCAUCAUUUGUUUGCGUAGGUGCUUGUGUAUCAGAUAUCAAGGCUGUCUGGAGCACCCAAAACCAACACCUAAAGAAGUCAAUUGUGAAAUAAUAAAAAUCAUACUGGUU